AUGCCCAAGGCAUACUUUGUCAACAAGCGCGAGGCCGCACGCGCCUUCAACUCGGACGAUGAUGACGACGACGACGAGCUCGAGCAGCUCGACCUGGACGCCACCUACCAGAAGGACAUGGUGCUCUUCUGCAUCGAUGCCGGCGAGUCGAUGCACCGCAUCGAUCCAGCCACCAACACUUCGCCGCUCUACUCGGCACUCAAGGCGGCCGCCUCGCUCAUGCAGAAGAAGCUCAUCUCCUCGCCGCACGACCACGUCGGCGUGCUCAUCUUCAAUUGCCAGGACACACUCUUCCGCUCCGCCAAGCCCGGCGAGUACUACAAGGGCAGCUACGAGCUCCAGUCCGUACGCCAGGUCAACGUGCCAGACACCUACAAUCUCAAGGCGCUCCUCAGCCGCGCUGCCACCGAUCCAAAGCAUCUGCGCACCGUGCUGCCCCCGGCGAACAAGCAGAUGCGCAUCGACUGGGCACUCGCGAACGCAGGCGUCGCCAUGGUCGCAGCCGCCAACGCAGGCAGCAAGCGCGUCUUCUGGAUCACAGACAACGACGACCCGCAUCCGAUGAGCUCUGACCCCAAAGCCACCAAGGCCAGACGCGCCUGUCUCGACAAGAUGAACGAGUUUCGCAAGAUCGGCGUGCGCAUCGAACCGUUCUUCAUCAACCCCACCGACGGCGCGGCCUCGGAUGGGGCAUCCACCAGCGACCUCUCGCGCGGCUUCGAGGUCAACCGAUUCUACGCCGACGUCUUUGCGCAGUACGACGACGAUUUCGAAGACGCAGAAGCGCGCAGCCAAUUUCGUCUUCCCGCCGGCUUUGGCAAGACCGCAGCCGAGCAGCUCAAGGGUCAGGAACCGAGGCGCAGCCUGUGGGACUCGGCGGUGCGAUUUCAGGAGCUGGAAGACGACAUUGCCACACGCGAGACGCCCAAACGCGUCGUGUUCAACAUCCGCUUCGAGCUUGCCGCGCUCGACGCACCGACAGCCGACGCACAGACGCAGAAGCAAGGCCCGGCAGAAGAGCAGCUGCCGCAAGCACGCAUGCGAGGCCGCAAGUGGCAGAUCGGUAUCAAGGGCUACAGCCUCGUCUCGAGGACUACCAAGGGCAAUCCGGUCAAGGUGAUCGUCGACGACGACUGCGGCGAGCUCAAGGAGGUGGUCACGCACCAGCACUACAUCGACGCCAACUCGGGCAAGCCGCUGUCCAAGGAGCAGGUUAUUCCCGCCUUUCAGUUCGGCAACUCGUCCAGCCUGCGUGGCCAGGUCACCUUCACGCCGCAGGAGCUCAAGAGCAUCAAGUCGUUUGGCAUGCUGCCGUGUCUCAAGCUCAUCGGCUUCCGCGACCGCGACGACCUGCUCCGCUUCGAGUGGAACGUCAAGCACGCCUACUUUAUCUAUCCCUCCGACGUCGAGUGGAAGGGGAGCAAGAAGACGUUCACUGCGCUCCUCAACUCGAUGGUGUCCAAGGGCAAGGUGGGGCUGGGGCUGUUCAUGCCACGGCAAAACGUGGUGCCUGUGUUUGUGGCGAUUGUGCCGCAGCAGGAGGAGCUUACCGAGGAGGGGCAGCAGGUAGCCCCGCCAGGCAUGCAUCUCAUCACGCUGCCGUAUGCCGACGACGUGCGCGACAUCCCCACCAACCUCCUCCACACCGAAGAUGCCAAGGACGCACAGGUGGACCGUGCCGUGGCGUUCAUCGAGCGAUACCAGAAGAAGCAGCCGUUCAAUCCGGACCACUAUCCGAAUCCGGCGCUCAACCACCACUACGCCGUGCUCAUGGCCACUGCGUUCCAGGAAGAGCCGCCUGCGGGACCGACGGAUCUGACGGUGCCUCAGUACGCCACCAUCCGCAAGCGCACCGCGCACCUCAUCCAGGAGUGGCAUGCGAGCAUCGACGAGGAUCCGCGUCUCGCCAUGGUCGCCGAAGCAUCCAGCAAGCAGGCCAAGACGAGCACGGGCGUGCGCAAGACGAGCUUCGAGGACGAUUCCGAGAUCCUCGAUCUGUGGCAGAAGGGCAAGCUCAGCGCAUACACCGUGGCCGAGCUCAAGUCCGCCUGUGAAUUCUACCGGCUCGAUGGCAAGGGCCGCAAGGCCGACCUGCUCGUGCGGCUCGAUGCGCACAUUCGCAAGCAGCGCAAGGGCUAG